AAAUCAGCUGUCGGCAUUACAAGGUCGGUAAGAAGCAAAACCUCUUUUGUUACAACAGCAAGUCAAAACAAAACACUGCCAGCAAAGGUAAAAACUUGCGAAAAGCAACGAAAAAUAGGGAUUGAUUGUUCACAGAAUGACUCCGGAUCUGAACAUUGACGAUGACAACCCGGCUCAACAGCAUUAUUCCGCACACAACCCAAUCGAGCAGUAUGUUCUUUUGUCAAAGGGUGCCAAAGGAGCCGCCUGUCUGGAGUUAAUCAAGCAGGUCCUGGAGGCGCCAGGAGUGCACGUUUUCGGCGAGCUUCUGGCAAUGCCAAACAUUUUGGAGCUUCAAGGUGGACCGAAUGCCAGCUACUACAACACAUUGAAUCUUUUUGCCUAUGGAACCUACCGGCAGUAUUUGGAAAAUCAAGCCCAACUGAUCGAACUGACUCCUGUGAUGAGAAAGAAACUACAACACUUAACUAUCGUUUCGCUGGCCAUCAAAACCAAAUGUAUCCCGUACGAGGAACUGCUGACCGAGUUGGACAUCAAAAACGUCCGUGAUUUGGAAGAUAUGAUCAUCGAAGCUAUCUAUGCAGACAUUAUCCACGGUAAGUUGGAUCAAAAGAACAAACAGCUUGAGGUAGACUACGCUAUUGGUAGAGAUAUUCGAAAGGGCGAUGUGAAAGAGAUUGUCGGAACAUUGCAAGAGUGGUGCGAUUCGUGUGAAACCAUUUUGGCCUGUUUGGAGAAUCAAAUUCAUCGGGCAAACUCGGAGAAGCAGAAACGAUUGAAACACAAGGAGGUCAUUGAAUCAGAGAUUACAAACCUGAAAAAAUUGAUCAAAGUUCAAGCUGGGAAUGAUUCCGACGAGGCGAUGGCUACGGAUUCAUGCCGAGAGAUGUCAGUCGGCAAUACGGACUCGCGCAAGAAGUCAACGAAAUCCAAGAACCUGAAAGUGAGCGGUGUGGCCAAAAUGCUCUCGAGACAGAUGCCCUAGCGAUGGUCGAGCGGAAAUGCCGUUCUGAUACUACUCCCGACUGUUUUUAACAUCAUUUUUUGAAAUACUUUCAGUCUGCGUUGAAAUACCACUGUGAAUAAACAAAAUUUGUAUGCAUUA